GAGGAGAAAUUUCAACUUUGUUGACGUUCCCAUCGGGUUCUCAUUUGCUUCCACCGGCCAUUGGUUCAUCACAAAUUUCUCUCCUCCCCGAGACUAAGACUGCCGGCGACCGGUGCUGAAUCCGCGCCGCUGCAGCCACCGCAUUCUGCUUCUACUUUUUUCACGUUAUACGGCUGCGGCCGGUGUUGAUUCGCCGGUGUUGUGUUACUGUUUCAUCUACUUCCGUUCUUCUCGAUUGAUUUCCACCUUUCUAUGUCCGCUGAUUUUUUUUCAACUUGGAGGAAUCCUUGGAUUAUUGUUGCUUAGCUGAUCUUCAUCUCGGAGGAAGCCGCGGGUACACGAGGCUUGAAGACGACGAAAAGCGCAGCAGAGUAGCAGAGGCUUCGGAUCAGACCGAGGCCGCAAAGAAAAGAAGAAAGGAAAAGGGGAAUUUAAAAAACGACGGUGUCUGGAGGAUCGCAUCCAUUUCUGGAGCAAGUAGGCCAUUGCGUUCGAUUGCUGAAACGCGUCGCUGAACCGAAUGGCAUCAUUUUGGGCGACAGUUUUCUGAAAGGACAGACGAUUCGACAGAAACUGAUUUAUUUAUAUAUCUCAACAGUUCUGAAAACAUGCCAAGCAUGAGCACAAUGACUCGGGCACCUAUGCUUGUUUUCAUCUUCGAGAGAACUACAAUUAUGGAUUGAUAUAGACUAAAUCGAGGUGGUGGCCUGGUUGGCUGGGAGAAGGAUUGGCGACAUUGAGAAAUGGGGGCAGUUGCUGGAGAGGAGCUAAUGAAGUUGGAGAAAAUGCAGGGGAUAAAUUCUCGUGAAGAGAAAAUCCUUGUUUUAGUAAGAUUGAGACCUUUGAAUGAGAAGGAGAUUAUGGCGAAUGAAGUAGCAGAUUGGGAGUGCAUCAAUGAUACUAGUAUCUUGUACCGGAAUACCCUACGGGAGGGGUCCACAUUUCCGAGUGCCUAUACUUUUGAUAGAGUAUUUCGAGGCGAGUGCUCUACCAAGCAGGUGUACGAGGAAGGAGCCAGAGAAAUUGCAUUUUCUGUAGUCAGUGGUAUCAACUCGAGUAUUUUUGCAUAUGGUCAAACAAGCAGUGGAAAGACAUACACCAUGGAUGGAAUUAUUGAAUAUUCAGUGGCAGAUAUAUUUGAUUACAUUAGGAAGCAUGAAGAAAGAGCAUUCGUUGUGAAAUUUUCAGCAAUUGAAAUAUACAAUGAAGCUGUUAGAGACCUACUGAGCACAGAUUCUACUCCUCUCAGGCUGCUAGAUGACCAUGAGCGAGGAACUAUUGUGGAGAAAGUCACCGAGGAAACUCUGAGGGACUGGAACCAUCUAAAGGAGCUCCUUUCAGUGUGUGAAGCUCAACGGCAAAUUGGAGAGACCUCACUGAAUGAGAAAAGCUCUAGAUCUCAUCAGAUUAUUAAACUGACAAUUGAAAGUUCUGCUCGAGAGUUUUUAGGAAAAGACAAUUCAACCACCCUUGCUGCUAGUGUGAAUUUUAUCGAUUUAGCUGGGAGUGAACGCGCAGCUCAAGCAUUAUCAGCAGGAGCAAGAUUGAAAGAAGGUUGCCACAUAAAUCGCAGUUUACUCACUCUGGGUACUGUUAUUCGCAAAUUAAGCAAAGGAAGAAAUGGCCAUAUCAAUUACAGAGACUCUAAGCUGACGCGCAUAUUGCAGCCCUGCUUAGGUGGUAAUGCUAGAACAGCCAUCGUCUGUACAUUGAGCCCUGCAAGAAGUCAUGUUGAACAAACUAGAAACACUCUCUUGUUUGCUUGUUGUGCAAAAGAGGUGACAACAAAAGCACAAGUCAAUGUGGUGAUGUCUGAUAAGGCUUUGGUUAAGCAUCUGCAGAAAGAGUUAGCUAGAUUGGAGAGUGAGUUGAGAACUCCUGCCCCUGUUUCGUCCAGUUCUGACUACGCAGCCUUGCUUAAAAAGAAAGAUCUUCAAAUUGAGAAGCUGGCAAAAGAGAAUAGAGAGCUCACUAAGCAAAGGGAUCUCGCUCAAUCCCGGAUUGAAGAUUUACUUCGUAUGGUUGGACAUGAUGAUGCCUCGAGAAAGGUUAUCAAAAGUAGUCAUUCCAAAUUGCAAGCAAGGGAUGCCUUGGAGGAUGAAGGUUCAGGAUCAGAAACUUCAAGUGUGAUUGAUUCUCGUGGUACGGAUAUGGGUGGAAAAUCUUUCAACAACCAUUAUUCUGAUGGAGAGAGUGAUGAUGGAAAGAGGUUCCUCGACUCUAACUCAGGUCAUAGUGGAACGACCACCGCUGUGACUGAUUCUCGUGGUAUGGAUAUGGGUGGAAAAUCUUCCAACAGCCAUUAUUAUGAUGGAAAGAGGUUCCUUGACUCUCACUCAGGUCGGAGUGGAAUGACAACCGCUGUGACUGAUUCCCGUGGUAAGGAUAUGGGUAGAAAAUCUUCCAAAAACCAUUAUUAUGAUGGAAAGAGGUUCCUUGACUCUCACUCAGGUCAGAGUGGAAUGACAACCGCUGUGACUGAUUCUCGUGGUAUGGAUAUGGGUGGAAAAUCUUUCAACAAUCAUUAUUAUGAUGGAAAGAGGUUCCUUGACUCUCACUCAGGUCGGAGUGGAAUGACAACCGCUGUUGCAAUGGAAGAAGAUUCCGAUGACUGCAAAGAAGUUCAAUGUAUUGAAAUGGAGGAAUCAAUCAGGGACGAUGGCUUGUUACUCCAUGCUCCUAAUAAUAGUGGAUUCAGAGGAACGCCUCUGUCUGGGUCAAACUAUGGGAAUAUGGUAGGUCAUGAAAUGAUAUCAACCGCUGUGAAUGGGAACGGAGAAGUGCGUCAGAUUCAGAAUAAUUCAACUAAUGAUCAAGUGGAGCAAGGACUCCGUGAUGUAAGAAGAACGGCCAUUACUUCUACUAGCAGUCCUUACUGCCACGAUGCAAAUUCACAGGUUGCUGCCGAUAUGUCAAGCUCCAGAAGCUGGAGACGUAGAGAAAAUCUCACGACGGAGUUACCACCUGAUAAAGCGGAGACCACCCCUCCACAUGGAUUUGAGAAAAGCUUUCCUGGAAGGCCUGAAGGUUUUGAACGGAAACUCCCACAAUUAGACUUUGAUGGCAGGCUCUUGAGACUUGAUUCUCAGUCUUCUAUAGGAAGUGCUCGGAGCACAAAAACUUCUGCAGAUGAUGACAUUACUCGCUUAGACACCUUUGUUGCCGGACUGAAGAAAAUGACCAACUCAGAGUAUGGGAAAGAACUUGCUGAUGGACAGGUUCUAGAGGACGGGCAAGAAACGGAUUUCUUAAGGAACAUAAAAGGUGCUAGAGGACAGACAGGGCAGGGUGCAUUAGUCUCAUCGGAUUGGAGCCAAGAAUUUCAGAGGCAGCAGAGGACGAUUAUUGAGCUUUGGCAAACUUGCAACGUCUCGAUUGUCCACAGAACAUACUUUUUCAUGCUGUUCAAAGGUGAUCCGGCCGAUUCCAUUUACAUGGAAGUAGAGCUUAGGAGACUUUCUUUUCUGAAGCAAACAUUUUAUUACGGUAAUGAAGCUAUUGAAGAUGGCCGGAAACUCACUUUUGCUUCAAGCGUGAGGAAUCUUCGUCGCGAGAGAAAAACAUUGAGUAAGCUAAUGCAGAAACGAUUGUCAGAAGAAGAGAGAACGAGACUGUUCCAGACGUGGGGAAUUUCGUUGAAGUCAAAACGCCGAAGGCUGCAGCUGAUCAACCGCUUAUGGAGCGACCCGAAGAACAUGAAUCACGUACAAGAGAGUGCUGCCAUUGUUGCCAAGCUUGUCAAGUUUGCUGAGCAAGGACAGUCUCUGAAGGGGAACUUUGGUCUCAGCUUCAUUACAACACCCCCACAGAAAAGUAGAUCAUUUAGCUGGAAAAACACCAGGACUUCUCUUCUGUGAGCUCAGCUGCUACAUACAUAACCCUUACAGGAACAUCAUAUCAAUAGGAGGAGGAUACUUCUUACUAUGUUUCAUAAACCAGGAUGCUCUAAAGAAUGAAGAUAAUCCAUUGACUAUGAGUCUGAAUCAAGAUCAUUUUUAAGAGGCGUAGUGGACCUAGUGUAUAAAUCGAUGUAUUAUAUAACCUCUACUAUAAUCACAAGUACAAUAGUCAUUUGGUUGACUAUAACCGCUAUUGUUGUAGCGAUGUUUACUAUCGAAACAUACCCAUAGUUUCUAUUGCUAUAGUCAUCAUUACUAUAGCUAUAGUCAUUGUCCAUACUCGUGUCAGUCUUUGUCAAUCUGUAAUUUUUACCUACAUAAUAUUUAUGUUUAAUGUGAUGUUUUUACUCUCUUAA